AUGCUAAUCGAUGCCCCAGCCGUGCGGAUUCCCCUCCAGAAUGAUCCACAUGAUCCAUCGCCCGCAUCGGUGCCUCUUCCUCCUUCUCCGUCGCCAGCGAUGUCCUUUCCCGAGAUGGGGCUAGGUGAGUUGGGUGGCUCGGGCCGUUCCUGUUCCAGUCCCAGUUCCAGGCCUUGGUUAAUAUCGGACAAUCACCUCGGACACGUCAAACCCCCACCAGUCCAGGAUGAGCCCAUGGUCUCUUUUGAGGAUUUUGCCACCCGCUAUCGUCAAAGCCAGCGCAAACAAACCCAGAGAAAACGCCUGGAAAGGCGCUUGCGCGCCGCCAAGGUGUCUAUCGGGGUUUCGUCGCGUAUCAUCCGCAUCGGAAAUACCGUGCAGCGCGGUCUGGUCGAAGCCCUAAAACAAGAUGACAAGGCCAACUUUGUGGCUCUAUACCACAUGCUCUAUGACCUCCAGGAGUCGUGCGUAUCCAGCGCGCGACCCGACGAGCAGGAUCUGGAUGAACACGAGCCAUCGGAUCCCGAAGACCGCUCGGAUUUCUUUCAUCAACUAAGCCCCCAGUCUCGCGCGGACUUACUGGAGAUCCUACGCCUGGUUCGUUCGGAUCCUCAGUUUCUCGUCGACCGACUGCGCAGUUUCUCCUCCGCUCAAUUGGCGGCUUUUACCUCUCCAGCUACCACUUUGGACUCCGGAGACCCUGCUUUCCCUUCUUCCUCACGCUCGAGGAGCCAGUAUUCCUUUAAUCGAAACCCGGCCCAGUCCGCCCCGUUCAAGGACCAUGCGUAUGCCUUUGAAAGGACCGAUCCGUUAUCUAUCUUACUUUGUAACGUUUUUGCCGCACCACUGGAGCCUGAGACGCCCGAGGCCAGCCUGCGCAUUGACGUCUGGUCGUCUGUCUGCGCCCAACUAAUGUCCCAUGGCAGCAGUAAAUUCUACCCGCUCAUUGGCCAGGUCCUGUCAUCCUGGGCAACGGGCAGCAAUUGGAAAGCCCGUCCUAAAUUUGAACUUUACCUCAUGGAUAUCCUGCAAACCGGCGCGUUUCUUCUGGAGCAUAUAGAUACCCCUGCCGGAUUGGACUUUGCAGCCGAAGCCUUGGAUCCCCUCAGGACGGAUGUCGCCGAGGAGUUCUUUGCUUCUGCCGUGGAUGACUUGUUCCGCUUGCUCGAUGAUCCCGAUGGAGGCUUCCCUCGUGCUGUUCUCCAGUUUGCUAAAGCGGUCCUCCGGAAAUUGGAUCAUCCUGAUAGCCGCAGUCGCUUCCUGGAAUAUCUUUUCGUUCAGUGGUUCUUCCCCAAGUUCCUUUAUAGUGCCUUGACGUACCCUGAGACUCAUGGUUUGUUAUUGGACUUUCACAUUCGGAAAGAUGCUCGCGAGAAGCUGCUAGGUCAGGUCGGCCUGCGCGCUUACUCUCAAGUCUUUGCCGUUUUACGCUCCAUGAACCAUUAUUCGAUUUUGCGCCCGACGAUCAAGCAACAUGUUGAUAAUAUGAUUCUUCGCUUCCAAGUUUCAGUCCCCUCCGAAUCCUCGACCGAUUUCGUAUCAUCUAUGAACUCCCCAACUCGCCGAAAUUCUUCGUCCAGCUUUCUCUUGUUAUCUUCCACAGACGUACUUACCCUUUUAGACGCUCUUUUCCCUCAGUCUUGUCCUCCCCUUCACUCUUCUCCAGUCUCAGUCGGUCUCUCCUCCUGGCCUUCCAGCGUUUCAUCUUCUUACAAUCUUCGCUCUGAGCCACACCUGGAACCUGGUUUCUUCCGGCCCCGCAAUGCCGCGCCCUCUCAAAACGGCUCUCUAUUUCCCAUGGAAACAUCGCCUAUCUCUCCAUCGGAAAAGGGCCUAGGCCAGCCCGCGGCUCGAAUUCGCUUUGAAUUGACCGAUCUAGAUGAGCCACAGGAGCGGUCGAGGCUGGAGCACCCGUCAGAUGAAUACUGGACAAUAUUUUCCAUCGCCAAAGAUGGUCAAGGUCUGACCUGGAGUCUACUUCCGGACUGUGAGAACGGAUCGCUGGGGACAUCGGUCCUUGAUAGUGAAGAUGAUACCCAUUCAACGAACUUAGGCCUGGAAGAAAAUCACGAGGCCUUGCAAACUGCCAUCGUCCGUCUAGUCAAGGAGAACCAUGUUUAUGAUUCGGACGAUCAUGAUCGAUUGCCCGCUUCUUUACGGUCGAGUCCGCUCACGUUGAAGCACCGUUUUAAUCAGGCCAUGGCGUCUACUCAUCAUUAUUCUGACUUUGUGGGAGCACACUACUGGUGGAAUGCAUCGAGACAACUCCGUCAAGGUCUGUCCGAUUCUUCUCGGGCAGACGAUUCUUGGAUCCUGGGCCCUAUGCACAAUUCAUGUAUUCGUUCUUUGAACAAGUCACGGGCCGUGAUUGAACGCUGUGAGAGUGACUUUGUAUCUCUUGAUCAAAGUUUAAGGCAACUCCAAGCGCAGAUUAAAGAGUUGAUGGGCACAAUCGCCAAGGUCCGCAACAAGAUGUGGUACAUGACCGAUGUGAAGAACUCCAUGCGCUACGAAGAAGCUAGACAUGUGGCAAUGGCUCUGAAGACUAUGGUAUACCCGGCGAGAAUGCCUGUCGACUAUGAAGACACGCGAUCUCGCGGAGCACGAUCACUCGGAGGCUCCUUGUUCCAGAAGCCCGAGUUGCAGGUCAUGAACAUGAUGAAAGCACCGAGCAGCCAAGGUGGUCCGAAGAAGUUGUCCGACGAGCAAGUUGAACUCACUCGCAAGUGGCUGGCCCACAAUGCAAUUGAGAACUUCUGCAAGGGCGAGGAGCGAAUCCACCGGUUUUGCUAUGAGGUUCGAACUAGCAUCAAUCGUCUUGUUGGUGGAACGAUGUCGGAAACCCCGGUGCUUUGGGCAAGUGAAUUAUUCCAGCGAGAACGAGCAAGAUACGAAGGCUAUGGAACCCGCACCUUUCCUGGUCUCUCAAUGCCGACAACUCCUCGGCCUUCUACAACUACUAGCGAGGACCCGCUUCAGUCUUCUCACUUCUAUGGAAACGUCUCCCUACCCGAUCCCCUAUCUCGCCUCGCACAGGACAUUCCGUCUCUAGGGAACAAGCCUUCUAUUCAGAGUCUGACCUCUGAUAAAUAUCGAUCGCAAAGAGACGUCCCUUCGGUUGAUGUGUCUUCCAUCGGAGGUUCCCCAACAAGAGCCGCCUCGACAUCGACCGGAGACACAUGCAGCACUUUCUGGUCCCUACCACAACGACAUCCCAUGUAUGCGGCUAGCGUGUCGAGUGCUUACUCACGGCCGCCUUCGAUGUUCAGCGAGACUGCCACUCGACAACCUCGUCGCGCUGAGCGCAAGACCCAUGGCAAAACAACUUUCAUGGACGACCUACGUCAAACCUUGACUAGCCUAUUGCUGAGCGACUUAGGCUCGCCGGUGUGGAGCUGUGGUAGUGAGACGGAUGCCUGGUUUACGAAUACACUGGACCAAACACGCAUUCGAGUGCAGAUGCAGAGGCGUGCUGCUAUUCAGAAAUUCUACUCUGACUAUGAUGAACGGUCCAAGCAUCUUCGUGAGCGAAGACCAUCUGGGGGUCGACGGAGCAGGUCUCUGGAUCCCCCUGUUAUGUGCGUUCGGAGCACCGUCAGUACGAAGCCGACCAAUAGCGAACAGUCAUCUCAAACUGAAGAUGAAGCUGCCUUCUCGUACAAAGCUGUCUUCCACCGGUUGAUUGAAGUGUUCUCGCGUCAUGGCAACCCUUUUGUCAAAUUGAAUGCACUACGUGAUCUGCGAUCAUUAGUAGUUGCUUCACUCAUUUCAGCACACGAUGCUGGAGCACAUGGCACAAUUCCCGGACCGGCUGGCGAUGAUGACUUGGCGCGAAGCCGUUGCGCCCGACCUCGGCAACGCACCCGCCACAGCUUCUCAGAAAGUCACAUAACAGCCAUGCCACAAACGGAAACGGCGGUAAAUACAUGCUCACCACCCGACUCCGUCACCUGUGGCUCCAGAAGGUCGGAUUACUCUGCUCCGUCCGAGGACCAGAUAGUAGCCACGCUCCGUGACCUGAUCCUAGAUGUGAAACCCAAGACCCUCUUCCGUGAUCUGCAAUUCAUCUCUGCAUUUGUUCCCGGGGACCAACUCAGCAAGACCGACCGCGGCACGGCAUUCCUUCAAUUUGGUCUCGCUGCACUAAGUCUCAAGGACGAGGUUUGUCACAGCAUGGUCGAGAUUGCAGAUCGCAUUGUGUCCCAAGAACUUGUGCGACGACACCCGCUCCCGGGGUCUGACUUCUAUCCCCGACCCGGCCAUGCCAUCGAGGACGCAGCUUCAAUGUGGAUCAUCACCGCCAAAGAAGGAAACCCAGUCGCACAGCGAGAGCUGGCCAUCCUCUACCUCACACACCCUGAGCUGCUUCCUCGUGUGACCCUCCCACUCACUCGACCGCGGGACACCUUCAAAGCAGAGAUGAUGUACCGGCGCGGCAAGGACUCCAAGUCCGAUCCGCAGAGUAUGUGUAUAGCGCUGCACUGGAUGCAGUUAUCCGCGAGCGGAGGCGACACGCUCGCGCGUAAUCGACUCCGCGAGCGAGAAGAGUUCGAUUCUAUUGCAUGA